AUGAACGAGACGAUGCUCCUCUUCACGAAGUUCACGACAAAAUGGGCCAAUUCCUGGAGAUGGUGGGCGAUAGUGAUCGUUUAUUCUGUUACCGUUCGGCCGCACGUCGACUAUCUGCGAUUCCAGGACGAGACUCCCAAGGCAGUCCUCCGUGCCGCGGAGCGUGGCCGAGUACUGGAGGGAGACGUGCUGCCCACGCACGAGAUGAUGAUGGCGAGCUGCGACACCAGCAAAGAGCACGCGAACAGGCUGAUCAAGAUCAUCGACAAACUGCGCAGCACCUUGGUAUCGUACAACGAGAAGGUCGACCUGUCCGUGCAAAAAACGCGACAGGUGGAACAAGAAGCCGUGGAAGCUGAGAUCGAGUUGAACCGUGCCAAAAAGGCCCUGAAGUUGCGAAAGGGGCAGCGCUGGCUGGACCGGCUGCCGCCUUUCCAGCGUGCCGUCUCUCCGGUCUCGCCUAUCUCGCCGCGCCCUGGGCACAACGCCGGGCAGCCGGAUGAAGACGUCCUUGCUGACGUGCCGGCAGCUCGCGCUGCGCCCCGUGCCCAAGCUCAGCCUCCUGCUCGCCGCUCCCCAGCUGCUCAAGAAGUUCCGAAUGGUGAAGUUGUCGGCGCCCACGCGGAAGCUGCUCACCGCGGACGCAACGAUGAGGCGUUCCAGCCUCGUGUCAUCCAGCUGAUCCCGAACGCGGACAAUCAGCAUCGCCGCCCGCCAGACCGCGACGCUGUUGAAGCCCCAGCUAAUGGCGAAGACGACCAGGCCGAUGUUCGCUUCGGGCGUCAGGUGCAGCCCGUCGAGUUGGCCCAGAUUCUGCAACAGCCCCGGCACGACGUGCAUGCCGGCGCCCAUCACGACGCGCAAGCCGAUCAGCCCAACCCUAACGUGCAAGCCGACCCGCCCGAUGCGCAGCCGGAAAGACGCAGGCGCCGUCGAGCCCAGGGAACGAAGGUCGCCCCGCCCGCCUACCAAAACAGCAAGCCGAAACGCCGCCACAUUAAAGCCCAU